AUGGGGCUGCAGGAUGAAGACAUUGCCUUCCACUCCAACAUACCUGUGCCACUGGAUAUAACCUUGGCUGUGGUCUACUCUGUUUUUGGAGUGUGUUCACUACUUGGCAACAGCAUGCUGCUGUACGUCUCCUACAAGAAAAAGCACCUUCUGAAACCGGCCGAGUACUUCAUCAUCAACCUAGCCGUUAGUGACUUGGGCCUGACUCUUUCCCUCUACCCCAUGGCAAUAACUUCAAGCUUCUACCACAGGUGGCUGUAUGGGAAAACGGUGUGCUCCAUAUACGCUUUUUGUGGCAUGUUGUUUGGCAUCUGCAGUCUGACCACUCUAACCCUGCUCAGCAUCGUAUGCUUUGUAAAAGUAUGUUGUCCGCUCUAUGGGAACAGGUUCAACUCUGUUCAUGGCCGCCUGCUCAUUGCCUGUGCUUGGGUCUAUGCCUUGUUGUUUGCCUGCUCUCCGCUCGCCAACUGGGGGAAAUAUGGACCUGAGCCGUAUGGCACAGCAUGUUGCAUUGACUGGCGCGUGUCCAAUCAGCACUCUACAGCACGCUCCUACACUGUGGCACUAUUCAUCUUCUGCUACAUCCUCCCAUGCUGUGUUAUUGUAUCUUCCUACAUGGGCAUUCUGGUCACAGUGAAUGUAUCGCGCAAGAAUAUGGAGCAGCAUGCGUUGAGGAAGACACACAUGAGCAGUAUCCAAACAAUCCUUAUUAAGCUAAGUGUUGCUGUCUGCAUUGGUUUCUUUGCGGCAUGGAGUCCAUAUGCUGUGGUGUCCAUGUGGGCUGCCUUUGGACACUAUGAGAACAUCCCUCCUCUGGCAUUUGCCUUUCCGGCCAUGUUUGCCAAGUCCUCCACCAUCUACAACCCAAUCAUCUACCUAAUGCUGAGGCCGAAAGUCCGCAGUUUGAUGCGCAGGGACCUGGGUACCCUAUGCCACGCCUGUCUGAAUGGCUGCCUCUGCUCCCAGGGGCCUGCUAAGUGCUGCGCAAUCCACAGACAGACCAACCAAUUCCCUCCAUCCAACUCCUCUGCUCAACCCCCUACGGUAGCAAUAAAGUGCAAGGAUGCUUUCGAAUGCUUCAGACACUACCCUCAAAUGUGUAGCGUCACUAACCCUGCUGCCAAUAGAGACCCAUGUAAGGAUCCAGACAAUUCCAGUUCCCCAAACACAUAA